CAGCCAGUCAUGGCGUCGAGGAAGGAAGCGAAUGUCUGAUUCACGUCAAUCAUGUAGUUCGUUGCAAUUUAGGUUUUAGAUCAUACAGUUUGGGCUAACGCACUACGUUUAAUUUUAUAUAUGAAAACUGUUGCACCGUUUUUGAUGGAUGUUAUGUUUUUAUUAUCCUGAUUAAACGAACGCACUUAUCAUCUUUCUCACUUCCUUGGAAGGAGAGUUGCUGCAGAGGGAAAAAAAAAAUUGCAUUCAGUUCCUGAUUUGGUUCGCAUUGUUACGAUUGCUCACAUUCAAAUUCACUUUCUGGAGGAUUUUACGUAAGAGACAUUAUACUUCAAACGCAUAUGAGGCUUUUCUGAUGGAAUAAUAUCUUCAGGAAAACAUCUGUGUUGUAAACAAUAAUCAUGAGUGAAGUUGCAAUAGUUACAUCUCGUGCUUCGGUGAUGAUCUAUGAUGAUGUCAGCAAGAAGUGGGUGCCUAGUGGCAACACACAAGGAUUGUCUAAAGUUCAAAUUUAUCACCACACUGGCAAUAACACUUUUCGUGUUGUGGGGCGUAAGCUACAAGACCAUGAGGUGGUCAUCAACUGUGCCAUUUUGAAGGGCCUGAAAUAUAACCAAGCUACUCCUACCUUCCACCAGUGGAGAGACAACCGUCAAGUGUAUGGGCUUAAUUUUGCUAGCAGGGAGGAUGCAGAAAGUUUUUCUCAAGGCAUGAUGACUGCUUUGAAUGAACUAACAACUAUCUACCGAACCCCAGCACCGGUAACACCUGCACCACCCCCGCCUCAGCCACCACAAUAUGCACAGUCAGUGAUCAACGUUCAGAACAGUGGCCCUUCGGGAGAUGUAGAAAGUCAGUACCGGGAAGAUAUCCAGACUCACAGGAGACAAAUGUCAGGUGGAGGAGGAGUAUAUGAAGCUAUGCCAAGCAGUGCAGGUCCUCCUAAAGCACCAGCUGCCCCACCUCCAGCACCACCAGCACCUCCUGCAGCACCACCAGCCCCUCCUGCUCCUGCAGCACCGCCCGCCCCUCCUGCACCUCCCCCGCCACCAAGUGGGGGACUACCACCACCAGGGGGACCACCACCACCAGGGGGAGCACCGCCACCACCUCCCCCUGGACCACCUCCACCACCUUCAGGAGGAGCAAACACUGGAGGGCUUGCUGCAGCACUACAGGCUGCAAAACUUAGGCGAACGGAAAGGCCUGAGGAGCCCAUUGUCAGUGGCAGUGUCAUGGAUUCUGGCACUUUGGGGCGUGCAAGUAGUGGGGCUGGGAGUGUUAGUGGCAGUAGUAGUAGUAGUGGGGGUGGGGGUGGUAGCAGUGGUGGGGGCAUUGGAGACAUGAUGAAUGAAAUGCAGAAGAAACUUGCUGCUCGACGUGCAAAGGCAGAAAAUACUGGACAGGAUGCGGAAGCACCAUCCUCAACAACAACACCACCAGCACCAAGUUCUUCUCCAGAUGUCAGGAGGCCUUGGGAAAAACAGCCACAAAGCAGUGCAUCACAAGUCAAUGGUUCUCAGUCUCAGUCACCGAAACUGGUCAGAAAGCGUAAUCCUUCACUGACAGGCCAGGAAGCUGUUGGACCUGUCAAUGGUGGCAGUGAGUUAGACACCUUAAAACAAGAAAUAAUAAAUGAAGUGCGUCGUGAAUUUCAGCGAAUGAAGCAGGAAAUAAUUGAAGCUAUACGGCAAGAGAUGGGCCAUAGAUAACCUGAUGGCUUUCCACCCAUGUUAGGACACAAGAUAACUGAACUAUGACAAGCUGCAGCUGGAUGAGACAACAGCUAAAUUGGUGUCAUCUAGCUAGCUUCAGAAAGAGGGAUAAAUAUCAGGCUGUGUCUUCAGAAGGAGGGAUAACAUAUGGCUGUGUUUCUGGAAGCUUUAUGCUAUAGACAUGUGUUCUCUAUCAUGCUGCACUCAGCGGUUCAAAGAAAGGUCCUUUUUUUUUUUUAAUUUCAAAACCGCUGCUGUCAUCAUCAGUUUUCAUGCAUUGUGUGGAGUCUUGUGAGUCGCUGAUUCAAAAAAAACCUUAAAGUGCACUGUCUGGAUGGUAACAUAAGGUGUGGCCUCUCUCUCAUUUUCUUUCUGUAUGUCUUGAGUGCUCACUCACAGACAUAACAAAGCAUAAGCAGAGAAGUUGCAUAGAUCUCUUGUACUGAUUUGUGCCCUUGCAUGACCAUAGCACUAAUAGUAUUCAGCUGCCACUUACCUGUCUCAUUGGCAAGCAAAGAAAACAGUAAACCGAAGUGAUUGACAGUGAAUUAACCAGGGAGUAUGCUCACCUUUUUCUUUAAGAACCUAAUAACACUGGCAUAUCUGUGACUACUCACUUCAAGAACAGAACAAAUAUGGAUGAACAAAUACUGCAUUUUGUUUCAGAACAAGAUUUUUUUUUUUUUUUUUAAUGUUGGGAAGUGAAAGUAAUUUUUCAUUGUGUGUGGGGUGACUAAUAUACAACAUUGUAUUUGUGGUAUCACAUAAUCAGAUGGGAUCAAAAAAAAAAACUUUAAAUAUGUAAAAUCUGAUACAAAAAUCAUUGUUUUUGUUACCCAUAAUGUGAACAUGACAGAGUGUGCCUGUGUGUGACUUUUAAUAAUUGAAGCUUCUGUUUUAAGCGACCGACUUGAACAACUUUUUUUUUUGGACGAGCUGAAAGCCAUUCUUACUGCAAUAGUAAACAGAUGUAGGGCUUUUCAGAUCUCAGUCAGGUAACUCUGUAAUGAUUGGUCAGCUGACUUGGCCACUGUCAAGUGGUAAUCAGAAUUCAGUGUCUUAACUGGUUCUUUACUGUGUGAUGCUGAUGAGUGAAAGAGUUGCUUCAAGCUGUAUUUAUUGCUUUAUCUCUCUGCCAGCUUUUUGCUUCAGUGUCAGAGAGCUUGAGCCUUACUGAGAUGAAAAGGUUAAUGGCCACAUGCAUGCAGAGUGAGUGCAACUUUACCUUUGUUCUUUCAGAUUUGUCUUCUUUCUUCUUCUCCACAUCCCUUGCUUCUUCAGUUCUUUUUCUCUCUCUCCUAUUCUCUAACCAUUCUCUCACACACACAAACACAAUUUCUUAGCAUCUAGAUUGUGCAGUGUGCCAUGCCAUACAAAUGUGAUUAUGAUUACAUUGAGUACAUUACUGCUUUUGUAUUAUUAAGCAGAUAGCUUUGCUUCUUUUUUUGCUCAAGUUGGGUUUUUUUAAUGUAUUACUCGUGUUUAAUUUUUAGUGAAUUGCUUUCAUUCAAAGUCAGUUUCAGUCAUUUAUGACAAAAGUGUUUUCCCUUUUGCUACAUGCAAGCCGAUUUUUUGCCCAUAAAACAAAUGCUGUUAGCAAUCAUUCAAUUUGUAUAGUUGAUACUUCCUUGUAUAUGCACAAGAUUCACAUGAAAGAAGAAAGUGAUUGAUGACUUGAGUGGCACAGAAAUGAAGCAGCUUCUAGUGGAUUUUUGUUGUUUUUCCCAUCCAUUUAAUACAUGUGUUUAUAUUACUAAAUGUGCAUUGAUCAGACCAUAACAGUAGCUGAAGAUGGUGGAGAAUUUAGUUUUUAUUUUGGUAGAAUCUGCUUCAAAAUUCUCAGAUACACCCUUCCACCCAUCCAUAAGUAUUAACUGUACAUAGUUCAGCAGGAGCCUUUUGCUACAGAUUUGACAUUAUGUACUAACGAGAGAACAAAACAGUUGAAUAUUGUAAAUACUCCAGUUCUCCUGUGCAAUUAUGUACCACUAAUAUUUCAUCUGGCUAACAAAUCAAACCAGUUUAGUCUUAUUUUACACAAUUUUUCCACGCAUUGUAAGUUACCCUAAAUGUAUAAAUUUCUUGUUUCAAAGUAAUUUUCCAUACAGUUUUUUUAUGAUUUGGUGGGGCAUCAUUUGUGUCAAAUAUUUGUUCUUUUAAGUGCAUAUGACUAACAUUUAGUACUGUAAUGGUUCUCUCGAUAUAAAAUUAACAUUGAACAAAUUUAAAUUUUACCUGUUUUUUCAUAUUGUCAGCAGUUGUCUUGAUCUGACCCCCUAGUUACUGAUCAUGUGUUUUUGUCUACACUGUUACAUCUUCCGUUGUGCAACACUUCAAUCUAUUUUUUAUUCAUUUCUGUAGCUAUCCAUAUCCCAUUCUCUGACCUAUUGAUUUCGCUGCAAGCUCCCUUGCCCCCAUUUGCCAUGUACAAGGUUUUCCCUGUCAUCAUACAUUGUUUUAACAGCUCAUACCACAGUGUAUUUGUACUUGACCUAUUCAUCAUUAAAAUAUGUGUGUAUUAGA